GUUUAUAGCCCCCAAUUGGCGCUUAUCAGAUAGAUAAAGGUGCCGUAAAAAUCGAACUCCAUCAAUAGAAACGUAGAUUGGGCAAGUAGUGCCCCAAGAAUCGCUGAACAGUUCACUAGCACCUCCUCCACUUGAGUGAAAGCCGCAGAAGAAGAAAUGGCACCGCAAAUACGACCACUCACGCCAGAGCUGCAGAAAGUGGCCAUCGAGCAGCUGAAGGAGGAUCCCGCUCGUCUGGAGGCCGAUCUGCUGGCAUUCAGGACCUGGAUCGAACAGCAGCCACAUCUGAAUCCCCGAACCGACGACCAGUAUCUGGUGGCCUUCCUGCGCGGCUGCAAGUACAGUCUGGAGCGGGCCAAGUCCAAAAUAGAUCAGUUCUACACGCUCAAGACCAAGUAUCCGGAAUACUUUCGAGUGAACAGCACUACGGAUGGAAAGUUCCGGGAGAUCCACCAAACGGGGGCCAUAGUCUAUUUGCCAACUCCCCUAUACGAAAAUGGACCCCGAAUUGGCAUUUGGCGAAUGGGUUUGGUGCCCGUGGAGAAGUACACCAUGCUGGAGUGCAUGCAAGUGGCACAGGCCAUUCAGGAAAUUGCCAUUUUAGAGGAUGACUAUGCCAAUAUUAAUGGCAUUGUUUUCAUCAUGGACAUGAAGGGCGCCACGGCAGGGCACUUGUUCCAGAUGACUCCUUCGAUGGCCAAGAAGUUCACCGUCUUUUCGGAGGAGGCUCUUCCACUGCGUCUAAAGGCACAGCAUUUCAUCAACACCAUCAGCGGUUUCGAGCAGAUGUUCAACAUGUUCAAGCCCAUGAUGUCCAAGAAGAUGCAGUCGCGCCUCUUUGUGCAUGGCAACAAAAUGGAUCUGCUGACGGAGCAGAUCCCGCUGAAAUACCUUCCCGCGGAAUAUGGUGGCGAGAAUGGAUCAGUGCCGGAAAUUGUGGCAGUGUGGGAGAAAAAGUUGGAUGAAUACAGCGAGUUCUUCAAGGAUAGUGCCAACUAUGGCACUGAUGAGAGCCUGCGACCGGGCAAACCCAUCGAUUUCGAAGGGCUCUUUGGCAUCGAGGGUUCCUUCAGGAAGCUCAACGUGGAUUAGUUUGAAAGUGGUAGGUUUUGUUAACCCUAGAAAUGAAUUUGUUAUUUUAAAAA